GUUCUAUAAAAGCCAUGGAGCUGUGAGAUUUUCUGUUCCCUCUUUUGCUUCUUUCACAUACGAGUAUACGAAUUUGCCUUUUCACAUCUGAGAAUCCGAGAUAUAUACAUACUCCUAAAGUCGAUUAUCUGGGAUUUGGGUAAUGGAAUCGUCAUCUUCAUCUUCUUCUUCGGUGAUUACUCCCGAAGAUGUGUUGGGGACCCUGAUGAACGACGGUACAAUCGACGCUAUCCGGAUGAAAAUCAUCACUCAGCUCAAAGCCAAUGAAGAGUUGAAGAAUACAACCAUAAAAAUAGUGGAACAGAGCAAGGUUCUGAACACUCAUGGGGCCGAGAAGCAGACCAAAAGAGAGCUUUUUGAUGCACUUCGCCAAGAACGUAACUCGAGUCAGUAUUUUCCCCUCUUUCUUUCAAGCACUGACAUUUGUUAUUCGUUGCUCGUCGGCGGCUUCAUGCAUCUGCAUCAUCGGCGGCCGGCUUCAUGCGUGCUUCAACAACAAAGAUUAGAAUAACCUGAAAUGA